GCAGGCAAGAUGGUGGCGCGCAGGAGGAAGCAGGCGGCUGCGGGCGGCGGAGAGGCGACGCCGAGCCCACCGGGCUACUCGGCCGUUCCAGUCAAGUUCUCGGAGAAGCAGCAGGCGCCUCACUACCUGUACCUGAGAGAACACAAGGUUCGAGAAGGCGCCCCGUCUUUGCCUCAGAAGCGCACCCUUUUUGUCCUCAACGUGCCCCCGUACUGCACGGAGGAAUGCCUGGGACGCCUCCUGUGCCCCUGCGGCCCCGUGCAGUCCGUGCGCUUGCAGGCGAAGCCUGACCUCGCCGAGAGCCCCGAGGAGCCCACGUCCAAGUUCUUCCACCCCAAGCCUGUUCCCGGCUUCCAGGUAGCCUACGUGGUGUUCCAGAAGCCAAAGGCGGUGUCGGCUGCCUUGAGCCUGAAGGGCCCUUUGCUGGUCUCCACGGAGAGUCACCCCGUGAGCAGCGGCAUCCACAAGUGGAUCGCCGACUACGCAGGCUCUGUGCUGGACCCCGAGGCCCUGCGGCUGGAGGUGGACACGUUCAUGGAGGCAUAUGACCAGAGGACAGCCGAGGAGGAGGCCAAGGCCAAGGAGGAGGAGGGCGUCCCGGACGAGGAGGGCUGGGUGAAGGUGACGCGCCGCGGCCGGCGGCCUGUGCUCCCGCGGACGGAGGCGGCCAGCCUGCGCGUGCUGGAGAGGGAGAAGCGGAAGCGCGCGCGCAAGGAGCUGCUCAACUUCUACGCCUGGCAGCACCGCGAGACCAAGAUGGAGCAUCUCGCACAGCUGCGCAAGAAGUUCGAGGAGGACAAGCAGCGGAUUGAGCUGAUGCGCGCCCAGCGCAAGUUCCGGCCCUACUGAGCCUGCGGCAGAGGGCGCCCGGGACACCACCCCCCCCCCCCCCCCCCCGCCUGAGGACAGCUCACCCUGGGCCUGCGCCCAGCCCCGCCCAGCGCAAGUUCCGGCCCUACUGAGCCUGCAGCAGAGGGCGCCCGGGACCCCCGCCUGAGGACAGCCCAGCCCCGCCCAGCGCAAGUUCCGGCCCUACUGAGCCUGCAGCAGGGGGCGCCCGAGGGCGCCCGGGACCCCCCGCCUGAGGACAGCCCAGCCCCGCCCAGCGCAAGUUCCGGCCCUA